AUGAGUGUCGACGAAAGCAAUAAUGUCCAUACAAGACUUCAGGUCCACAACUGUGUUGUGCAGCCUUUACUCACAGAUUUAUAUCAAAUUACAAUGGCUUAUGCAUAUUGGAAAUCAGAAAAAACAUCCGAUACAGCUGUAUUUGAUUUGUUUUUUCGUCAGAAUCCAUUCCAAGGCGAAUUUACCAUAUUUGGUGGAUUGGAGGAAUGCUUAAGAUUUUUGGAAAAUUUCAAUUAUUCUGACAGUGAUAUUGAGUACUUAAAAACGACACUGCCACCUACAAUUGAACAAUCAUUUUUUGUAUAUUUAAAGGAACUAACUGCUAAAGAUGUGAAAUUAUAUGCUAUUGAUGAAGGUUCAGUUGUGUUUCCAAGAGUGCCUUUAAUUCGAGUCGAAGGACCUUUAAUUGUUGUUCAACUUCUAGAAACAACUUUAUUAACAUUGGUCAACUUCUCUAGUUUAAUGGCAACAAAUGCAGCUCGAUACAGAAUGGCAGCAGGUGAUAAUGUAUCACUAUUAGAAUUUGGCCUAAGGCGAGCCCAAGGUCCUGAUGGUGGUUUGUCUGCUUCUAAGUAUGCAUACAUUGGAGGAUUUGAUGGAACAAGUAAUUUACUUGCUGGAAAAAUGUUCAAUAUACCAGUUAAAGGAACUCAUGCUCAUGCGUAUAUAACAUCAUUUUCUAAUCCUAGUGAAUUGAAAACCAAGACUUUAAUUAAUUUGAAUAAUGGCAAAGAACAAGAUUUGAUCGACUUGACUUUAUCAUGGCGUACUACAUUAUCAAACCUUUUACACAUAUCUGAAAGCCAAGCAUCUGAUGGAGAAUUGGCUGCUCUUGUUUCAUUUGCAAUUGCUUUUCCAGAAGGUUUUGUAGCUCUCAUAGACACUUACGAUGUAAACAAGUGGCAUUUCUUAGGACCAAAAGAACUACCUGUCAUUUCAAGUUUUGGAAGCGGAAUUUUGAACUUCUGUGCUGUAGCCUUGGCAUUAAAUGAUCUUGGAUACAAAGCUAUUGGUGUUAGAAUCGACAGUGGUGAUUUAGCUUAUUUGUCUAACAAAUCUCGUGAAACUUUUGUUAAGGUUGCAAAAGAGUAUAAUAUACCUUGGUUUGCUAAUUUAACAAUAAUCGCAUCAAAUGAUAUCAAUGAAGAAACUAUUUGGAGUUUAAAUGAUCAAAAGCAUAGUAUUGACUGUUUUGGAAUCGGAACACAUCUAGUUACGUGCCAAAGACAACCAGCUCUGGGUUGUGUGUAUAAAUUAGUCGAAGUAAAUGGUACACCACGAAUUAAAUUAAGUCAAGAUGGUAGCAAAAUUACAAUGCCUGGUAAAAAGGAUGCCUUUCGGUUGUAUGGUGCCGAUGGAUUUGCCUUGAUAGACUUAUUGAAAAAGUCUGUUGAAGACACACCAAUAGCCAAAACAAAACUUCUUUGCAGACACCCGUUUGAUCAAAAGAAACGAGCAUUUGUUGUACCAUCAGAAAUAAAACCUUUAUACAAAGUUUAUUGGGAAAAUGGGCAUAUAAUGCAACGACUACCAGAAUUAAAAGAAGUCCGAGAACAUGUCAAAGAAUCUUUAAGAACAAUACGCCCCGACAUUAAAAGAAAUCUGAAUCCUACUCCUUAUAAAGUAUCUGUGUCAGAUGAUCUUUAUGAGUUUAUGCAUGAACUAUGGAUGCGAAACACUCCAAUCGGAGAGUUGUCUUGA